AUGCCUGCCGUCUCCCCACGGCAAACUCCGGCGAGUGCCAAGGUCAUUGCUUUUGCUCCCGCUCCCACGGACCCCAGGCGCGAGACCUUGUCGGCAGGUGUCUGUCUUUUACGGGAGGCAAUCGCCGACUCUCUGCAGCUGCUAUCACUGGUCGCGCAGAUUGGGCCAAUGGGUGCUCUGCGACGGUUCGAGGGAUCCGUGGUCACUUAG